AUACAUGCAUUUACAUUGUUCUAUUUCAUCAAGGUCAUCAACAUGGCUAAACUGUGGCAAGCGGAAAUCAAAGCAAAAGAGAAAGCUGGUCUUCCUCCUCCCCCAACACCUGUUCUUUCUGAUUCUGAUGCAGCAGGAAACAGACUAGAAGAACAACCAACACACAUUGCAUUUGGUUCAAAAGUAGUUAUUCCUAAACAUGCUCGCAAGUCCUCUCGUGAAGGAGGUGCAUCAUCAGCAGGUGGAAGAAAUUCGUCCUCAGCACUAAAUCGCAGUGGUUCAAUUCCACAGUUAACAUCUGUUUCACCCGCUUUGGAGCCUGAAAGUGGGCGAGAAAGCAGUAGACAAACUCACAGACUUUCAUAUCAAAGGUCUUUUUCUGAUGCAACUAAUUUACAUUCCGAAUCAUCCAAUACGCAACUAGGAGUUGAGGCCACACAAACAACAAUACAACCUCGGCCUCCAAGAACUGGCUCGGGAGGUAAAACACGGAGAAGACCAUUAAGAGUCAAACAUCCUGGAAGUUCAAAAUCUCGCAGUACGGAUGAUAAAGAUGCCAUCAAUCUUUCUGGUAAGAGCGAUGAGCCUUUUAAUGGUUCUUCUGGAACUAAGGACACUGUUUCUGAAGAAAAGGAUUUGGACAGCAAUCAGGAAUCAAUUUCUAGAUCACAGAGUGAAAGCUCUCUAAAAAUGUCAGGAAAUGAUAGUAGCUUAGCUGAGAGCUUUAACAAGUUCCAAAUAAAAAUUCCUGAUAAGGAUCAAAAUGGUCAUGUCAACUGUGACAUCAAUUCAAGAGAACAGCCACCUCUAACAGCAGAACUUGAAAAAGGGUCCCCACCUGUUUUUACCUUUUCAUCAAGACCUAGAUCAGCACCAAGAUCGCCGCGGAGCCGACAACGGAAACAGCAGGAUUUUAAUACUAGUGCUACUCCUGCCGAGGAGAAACCACAAAUCAAAAUUUCCUCCCAAGUACCUGUGGAUUUGAACAACUCUAAUAGCCUCAAGAUACAGAACCGAGGAAGAAAAGGGAGUGAUCGAUCCGAGUAUGAUGAUGAUUUUUACAAAGCUUCAGGGGAGAGUUCUACUGAAGAGGAUGACUUGCAGAACUUUUUGAAAACAAGUGGCAACUCAAGGUGUAGUUCACAAAGCUCUAGACUGAGCCCUCUUCCUAGUCCAGAACCAAGCCCAGAGCCUGACACACUGUCAAAGUCACAGAUUUUAAGGAUGAGCGUCAGAAGUAGUUUGUUAAAGGAGAUUCCUUCACCUCGUAAAAACAAUGGUAAACCCUACGAUUCAAAGAACUACCAAUCUGACGCAGGCUCCUGGCGAAACUUUCAAUCUAAUGCAAGUUCGUGGCGAUUUGACACGUCUGUCAUGAGCAACACAAUGCUGGACAAAUCACUGGAUAAAUCGUUCAACAGCUCUUUUGGGACAUCAGGGUCAGAUGAGGUCAUAAUUAAUAAUGACGGAAAGGAUUCCCUGAGCGACUCAAGUGAUGAUACAAGUUACAGUACCUGGAAAGGACCACCUCCCCCAGACAAGAGGAUACAUCGGUAUCUAGAUGAAAUGCGGCACCCAGGGCCAGAACCAGACUUGACGGCUACAUUACCAAUGGAUCCAAGAGAAUACUCCAAUGCUUUCAGUCCACCUAUUGUACUACCCAGUCAAAAGAGGAGUUCUGCAGAACAAAAUGAUGCCCUCUCAGCAGCUCUUUCAUCACCAAGAAGUCGUAAUCCCAGCACUAGCAUGGAUCACAACGUUGUCGAUGAAGAGGAGUUAGACUUGCUCUACGACCCAUGCUUGAACUGUUAUUUUGAUCCAAAAACACACAAGUACUAUGAGCUGGCAUGAAACUAAAGAGAUUCUUAAUUUAUUAUUAUUUUGUAACCUGUGAACAGGUUCUGGCAAGGGCAAGAAAAAUUUGGCGAGCAAAGUGAGUUGACGAGAGAGAAAAACAUCAGGCAAGCUAAG